AUGGAUCUAAGGAUCUCUCAAGCCACAUCCCGUGUCACUUUUCACGACUCAUCGGUUGCUGACUACCACCAACAAUGGAUGAUCCAAUUCUCUAGAAAUUAUAGCAAUGAAUCCGAGAAACAGAUGAGGCUUAAAGUGUUUAAGAAAAACUUGAAAUUCAUUGAGGACUUCAACAAUAAUGAGAAUCAUAGCUACAAACUUGGUGUCAACGAAUUCACAGAUUGGACCCAAGAGGAGUUCCUUGCCACCCAAACCGGUGGUCUCAGUGGCAUUAACUUAACCUCAUCAUCUGAAGUGGUUAAUGAAACGAUGCCAUCUUGGAACUGGAACGUCAGUAACGUAGUCGCCGAAAGCAAAGACUGGACAAAGGAAGGAGCUGUAACACCUGUCAAAAGUCAACAAGGAUGUGGUAAGCUUGCCGAAACUAUCAAUUGCAACGGUAAAGGUUUGACAAGGAUUGUCCAAGGAAAACUCCUACCACUUUCCGAACAGCAGAUCGUAGAUUGCGACAAAAUCAACGGUGGUUGCAUUGAAGGAAGAGCUACGGACGCUUACGAGUACAUAGUAAAAAACGGAGGCAUUACAACAGAUCUCAUAUACCCUUACCAGGCGAAAGAGGGGAGUUGCCGGUCAAACAUCAGCCCCGCCAUGAAGAUCAGUGGGUUCGGGAACGUUCCGGAAAACAACGAGCGUGCGUUGCUCGAGGCUGUGUCGAGACAGCCCGUCUCGGUAGGAAUUGACGCGAGGAGUGCCAGUUUGCUUCAUUACAAAGAGGGAGUGUACAAUGAGCGCGACUGUGGGAUCGACAUAAAUCAUAGUUUGACGUUGGUUGGGUACGGGACGACCAAGGAAGGGAUCAAGUACUGGCUGGCUAAGAACUCUUGGGGUGAGACUUGGGGAGAGAAGGGUUACAUUAGAUUCCGUAGAGAUGUGGAGUGGCCUGAGGGCAUGUGUGGUUUAGCUCAGUCGGCUGUUUAUCCGGUUAUGUGA